AUGGUCGCCCUGACUCUCACCCUCCCCCUCGCGACCCUCGCCGCGGCCGCGCCAGGGAAACUCGGCAUCGUUGUCGCCCGCUUCAAAGAAUCCCUCGACCCCUGGGCGCCGCAUUCCAACCUCACCACAAUCUACGCCAAAGGCAACGUCCCGCAGGAAAACGACACAAUCCAGCACUCCUCCUUCCGCUCCUACGUCCCGCUCCCCAACAUCGGCCGCGAAGGCCAUACGCACCUCUUCCACAUCGCCACAAACUACGACACCCUCGACGACGUCAUGAUCUUCACCCAGGCGGACCCGUUCGACCUGCUCGCGCCCGCCGCCACGACCCCGGACCAGAUGAUCGAGAAGGCGCUGCAGGUCCCCGCCGACGACGUCACGCCCUUCAACCCGACUUUGUUUCAUGACGUCGCGGACUGGACCAAGAUCGACUGGAACAGUUCCAAGCAGGCGCUCUGGAUCACGGAGAGCCAGAAGAAGACGCUGGCGCUGGCGCCGUACACGCCCGGGCAGUUCUGGACUAGGGUGGUCGGCAGCCGGCACCCGCCUGCGAUCCGGGCGAUGCACGGCGGCACGUUUGCCGUGAGGCGGGAGACGAUUCAAAGGCUUCCGAGGGUUGUUUAUCAGAAAGCGCUGGAUGAGUUUGAGAAGGCGAACUCGAGCAACCCUGAGAUCGGAUUCUUCAUGGAGAGGAUGUGGGCGCCGAUGUUUUCGGACAAGUACAGGUUGGCGGCGGUCGAAAACCCGUGA